AUUGAAUUGCUUGUAUACCCUCUUUUUUUACCUUUUAUGAUGAUGAUGAUGAUGGUAUUAUCCUUUAAUAGAUAUAUAAUUCUAUUAAUUCUUAUACAUUAUACUUAUACAAAACCACAUUUAGAAACAGUGAGUCGACGUGAUACAGAACAUUUUAUUGAUGAUCCAGAUCGUCAUGAUAUUGAAUUUGAUCAUAAUGCAUUUUUAGGUGAAGAGACUGCUAAAGAAUUUUUACAACUUACACCAAAUGAAAGUGAAGAAAAAUUAAAGAUUAUUAUUAAAAAAAUUGAUAAAGAUAAUGAUGAAAAAAUUACGGAAUUUGAAUUAAAAUCUUGGAUUGAAUAUGUAGCUACUAAAUCGAAACAAAAUAGUACAGAUCGUCAAUGGAAUGAUAUAAAUCCAACUAAUCAAUUAUCAAUUAAAUGGACAGAAUAUCUAAUAAGAACAUAUGGACCAGAAGAAGAACGAUUAAAAGAUGCAGCUACAUCUGAAUCAUAUAAAAAAGCUGUACAUCAUGAUCGACGACGAUGGGUUGCUGCUGAUUUAGAUAAAGAUGAUAGUUUAAAUAAAACUGAGUUUACUGAUUUUGUACAUCCUGAAGACCGGCCAAAUAUGAGAGAUGCAGUUAUCGAUGAAUUACUGGAAUAUGUGGAUAAGGACAAUGAUGGAUAUGUAUCUGAAAAAGAAUAUUUAGUUGAUUUAGCUCGUGCAUAUCAAAGUACACCAUUUGAUGAAAAUGAACCUGAAGCAGAAUGGGUUGAACGUGAAAGAAGUCAAUUUCGUCGAUUUAGAGAUACAAAUCAAGAUGGUAGAAUGGAUAGAGCAGAAGUUGGUGAAUGGAUAAUGCCAUCAAAUUAUGAUCCAAUAGAUGCAGAAACAAAACAUUUGUUUUAUCAUGCUGAUACUAAUAAGGAUGGAUUAUUAACGGAAGCAGAAAUUAUCGCUAAACGAGAUACCUUUGUCAGUAGCCAAGCCACAAAUUAUGGAAAUGCGCUGAAACAACAUGAAGAGCUUUAAUUAUAAUGAAAAAUAUGUUAAAACGAAGCAUUAAAUUGGAUGAAAGUGCUUUAUUUCAUUUGUAACUGGUUCUUUUUUAUUCGCUUGAUCCUGUUGGUAGUAUGAAUAAAACAAUAAUCUUGUUUAUU